AUGAGAGAAGUGGAACUUCAUGCGAACCAAAAUUCCGACCAGAAUGCACUUCCACCAAUGGAGCAGCCACCUGAGUCAAAUUCAAGAACAAAAGUGACUGUUUCAUACUUUGGCCUAUUUGCUGCAGCCGAUACACUGGACUACUUUUUGAUGUUCUUUGGAAGCAUUGGAGCUUGCGUCCAUGGUGCUGCACUUCCUGUAUUCAUUAUUUUGUUUGGCCAUAUGAUUGAUUCUUUGGGAAAACUGGUUUUUGACCUUCAUAAAGUGUAUUCUCAGGUUUCUAAGCAUGCUAUGUACCUAGUUUAUAUUGGAGUAGUUGUUCUGUUAUCAGCGUGGCUUGGUGUUGCUUGUUGGAUGCAAACUGGGGAAAGGCAGACAGCUCGUUUACGAUUUAUGUAUCUCCAGUCAGUGUUAAGGAAGGAUAUUAGUUUUUUUGACACUGAAGCGCGGGAUAAAAAUAUAAUGUAUCACAUCUCCAGUGAUGCAAUACUGGUGCAAGAUGCAAUAGGUGACAAGAUAGGCCAUGGUUUACGUUAUCUUUCCCAAUUCUUUGUCGGAUUCGCCAUGGGGUUUAUUUCAGUGUGGCAGCUUACACUUCUCACCUUAGCUGUUGUUCCAUUGAUAGCUGUCGCAGGAGGAGCCUACACUGUGAUUAUGUCUACCUUGUCAGAAAAAGGUGAGGCUGCUUAUGCUGAAGCUGGGAAGGUUGCAGAAGAGGUUAUUUCACAGGUUCGUACUGUGCACUCAUUUGUUGGAGAGGACAAAGCUGUUGAAGCGUACUCCAUGUCACUUAAAAAUGCCCUCAAAUUGGGAAAGAAGAGUGGGCUUGCAAAAGGAGUAGGUAUUGGCUUUACAUAUGGGAUUUUGCUUUGUGCUUGGGCAUUACUUCUCUGGUAUGCAAGCAUACUUGUCAGGCAUGGGGACACAAAUGGUGGGAAAGCAUUCACAACAAUUAUCAAUGUCAUCUUCAGUGGACUUGCUCUGGGACAAGCUGCUCCAAACCUUGCCGCCAUUGCCAAAGGUCGGGUUGCUGCUGCAAAUAUCAUAAGCAUGAUUGAGGAAGAUUAUAGCACUUCUAAAUCGUCAGAUGAGGGAAUAGUGUUGUCAAAAGUGGAUGGAAACCUUGAAUUUUGCAAGGUCCAUUUUGCUUACCCCUCCCGGUCCAAUAUGGUUUUUGAAGAUCUGAGCUUUUUAGUUGAUGCUGGAAGAACGUUUGCAAUUGUUGGUCCCAGUGGUUCAGGAAAGAGCACUAUUAUUUCCAUGGUUCAACGAUUCUAUGAUCCUGCUUCAGGUAUUAAUAAAUUUUCUAGGAGAGUCGAUUUCUGCCUUUUGUUGGUACAUUUAUUAAACAUUUGA